AUGGAUGGGUAUAAGUUGUGGUAUUCAGGUAGUGAUAGGUGGAGGAAUGGAGUAGGUAUCUUAGUGGAUGAAAAGAUUAGGGAGCAGGUGGGCCUGGGCGAGGAGGAGAAGAGGAGUUUUUGGAAGGUAUUGGAAGAGGUGAUUCGAGACGUGCCUAGUUUGGAAAAGCUUUUCUUAGGAGGGGACUUUAAUGGGCAUAUCAAGCACUUGUUGAUAAGAUACGAUGAUAUGCAUGGUGGAUUUGGUUUUGGGGAAAGGAUUGAUGAGGGUACUUCUUUAUUGGAUUUUGCUAGGGCUUUUGGAUUGGUGGUAGUGAAUUCCAGCUUUUCGAAGAAAGAGGAGCAUCUGGUUACUUUUUGUAAUAGGAUAGCCAAGACCCAAAUUGACUUUUUGCUGCUUAGGAAGGGGGAUAGAGCUUUGUGUAAGGACUAUAAGGUUUUUUUGAAUGAGAAUCUUGCGACCCAACAUAGACUUCUGGUGAUGGAUUUGGUUAUUAAGAUGGGCAAGAAGAGGAGGGGUGGGGAGGGUCGACCUAGAGUUAAGUGGGGUGGCUUGACUCCGAUCAGUGCUUUAGAGAUAGAGGCAAAGUUAGAAGGGAUGGGGGCGUGGGAGAUUCGGGGGGAUGUGGAUAGUAUGUGGGAUAGGGCGGUGGGUUGCAUUAAAGAGACUUCUAGAGAGGUUUUAGGUGUCUCUAGGGGAUGGUCUGGCCGGUAUCGGGGGGACUGGUGA